CUUGCAGCCCGGUCGCGGGGCGUGACAGUGGGGCAAAAGUCGGCGGUCCCUGCAGGCUCCGUGACGUCACCUCUUACAGGUUUCACGGCUCCCGUCGACGGUCCAGCGGCUCCUCGUUUCCCCGUCACACUUCACCCGCUUUCCAGAGACGCCAAUGGGGGAAAAGGAGGAAAAACGUCCGGAAGAAGUGACAUAUUUCCGGCUGUCGGAGGUGGAGGAGCAGAACACGUUCAAGUCCACGUGGAUCAUCAUCAACAACAAAGUCUACGAUGUCACCAAGUUCCUGGAGGAGCACCCCGGAGGAGAGGAGGUGCUGAGGGAGCAGGCGGGAGGAGACGCCACUGAGAGCUUCGAGGACGUCGGACAUUCCACCGACGCCAGAGAGAUGUCGCUCAGCAUGAUGAUCGGGGAGCUACACCCGGACGACCGAGUCAACACCGAACAUGAAGAAACACUAGUGACCACGUUGAAGGACAAUCCCAGCUGGUUAGUUAUAUAUCUAACUAGUCUUUCUCUUGCAGCUGGUUAGUUAUAUAUCUAACUAGUCUUUCUCUUACAGCUGGUUAGUUAUAUAUCUAACUAGUCUUUCUCUUAGAGUUGGUUAGUUAUAUAUCUAACUAGUCUUUCUCUUAGAGUUGGUUAGUUAUAUAUCUAACUAGUCUUUCUCUUGCAGCUGGUUAGUUAUAUAUCUAACUAGUCUUUCUCUUAGAGUUGGUUAGUUAUAUAUCUAACUAGUCUUUCUCUUGCAGUUGGUUAGUUAUAUAUCUAACUAGUCUUUCUCUUACAGCUGGUUAGUUAUAUAUCUAACUAGUCUUUCUCUUGCAGCUGGUUAGUUAUAUAUCUAACUAGUCUUUCUCUUAGAGUUGGUUAGUUAUAUAUCUAACUAGUCUUUCUCUUAGAGUUGGUUAGUUAUAUAUCUAACUAGUCUUUCUCUUAGAGUUGGUUAGUUAUAUAUCUAACUAGUCUUUCUCUUACAGCUGGUUAGUUAUAUAUCUAACUAGUCUUUCUCUUGCAGCUGGUUAGUUAUAUAUCUAACUAGUCUUUCUCUUGCAGCUGGUUAGUUAUAUAUCUAACUAGUCUUUCUCUUACAGCUGGUUAGUUAUAUAUCUAACUAGUCUUUCUCUUACAGCUGGUUAGUUAUAUAUCUAACUAGUCUUUCUCUUACAGCUGGUUAGUUAUAUAUCUAACUAGUCUUUCUC